AUGGCCGACACCUUCGUCUCCGACUUCCACGUCCGCUCCCAAGCGGGCGAACCCUGCGCCGCCGUCUCGGUCCGCAACCUCUCCACAAACCUGUACGCCGCCUCGGACGCCUGGGGUCGCAAAUGCGUCGCCGCUCCCCAGCCAUGCCUCAUCUCCGCCGAAGUCCACUUCAAGCAACCCUUCGGGACCGCGGCCGCCAACGACCAGCUGGGCGCCGACACGGUGCACUACGGCAACCUGAGCAAGGCGAUUCUGGAGCGGAUGAAACGGUUCACUGUUCCGAGGGAGGAUCUUCUCCAGAGUAACGGCGGCGACAGCAACUUCACGCUGGCGUACGUCAUCCAUGAUCUGUGGGUUGGACUGACGGGGUGGGCCCACUUUGGGUCAGUGAAGGAGGAGGAGAAGCCGUUUCUUGAUAUCUCGACGGUCAAGUUCCUGAGCCUCACGGUGACGCUUCCCAAGGCGUCUUUACUGGGUGACGGCGUGAGCAUGACGUGCAGCCAGUUCUUCAAGAAUGGACCGGGCGAGAAGAUGAGGGAGAAUCUUAUCAGUGCGUCGCUGAAGAUUUAUAACCUCAGGGUGCCGACGUUGGUGGGUGUGAAUCCCCAUGAGAGAAAGGCCAAGCAGUUUGUUACGACGAGCGUGAAUGUGGAGAGGUAUUUCCGCAUGGAUGAUUAUUACCCGGAGCUGGAGGGUGUUGUUGUCAAGGCCCUUGAAGAAUCCUCCUACGAGACCCUUGAAGCUCUCGGUGCUCAUCUGGCUGAAAAGCUGCUUGAGCCGGAUCACAUGAAAGACCACUCAAAGUGGCAGGUACACAUUCAGAUGGAGAAGCCCACCGCAGUGCCUCUUGCCGACUGCCCGAUUGUCGAGGUGCGAGCCGGUUACGGCUUUCCUGCGCCCGGAAGGCCAAAUGCCAGCUAG